AUGAAUGCUGUUCUACUUUUUGUAUCGGCUUUCUUAUGUUGCUCAGAAAAGGUAGCAACAGGAGUUUCUAUACCGAUUAAUACAAUCAUUACUCAAAGAAAUGCUGCAUCUAUUGGAUUAGUUGGCGAUGGUGCAGAUGUGAAUCGUACUACUGUUGGAGGUACGGCUUUAGUUGGUGGUGGUACAGAUGUCGAUGAAGUCUUUCAAUGGAUGAUAAAAAAAGCAGGUGGUGGUGAUUUUGUUGUAAUUCGAGCUUCCGGUACUGAUGCAUACAACAGUUAUAUUUAUAGUUUAGGUCCUAUCAAUUCUGUUGAAACAUUAUUGAUCAAUUCGCGUACUUUAGCUAAUGAUCCUGAAGUUGAACGAACAAUUCUGAAUGCUGAAGCUGUAUUCAUUGCUGGUGGUGAUCAAGCUAAUUAUGUUAAUUACUGGAAAGAUACUAAGGUACAUUAUGCACUUGAUUAUUUACGCAAUGUCAAACAAAUACCAGUAGGUGGUACUUCAGCAGGUUGUGCUAUUCUUGGUGGUACAUAUUUUUCAGCUCUUCAAGGAUCAAUUACUUCAUCGGAAGCUCUUAAAAAUCCAUAUCUUAAUCUUCUUACUCUUGGUUACAAUGAUUUUCUCAAACAACCUUAUCUUUCUGAUGUUGUUACCGAUUCUCAUUUUGAUAAUCGUGAUCGUCAUGGUCGUCUUACUACAUUUCUAGCUCGUAUGAGUCAUGAUAAAGGAAUACUAGCUCGUGGUAUUGGUCUUGAUGAAUCCGCUGCAGUAUGCAUUGAACCAAAUGGUAUAGGAAUAAUAUAUGGUACUGGUACUGCUUAUUUUCUCAAUCAAAAUGGUAUCGAUAGCACACCUGAAACAUGUCUUAGUGGUUCUCGUCUUGAUUGGUAUCGAAAUCAGAGAGCUGUACGAGUAUAUAAAGUUAAAGGUACCAAUGAUGGGUCAAAUAUGUUUGAUCUUAAAACAUGGGCUUAUGGUAGUGGUGGCCUUCAUCUUUAUUAUUAUGUGCGUAAUGGUGUACUUCAUAUUGCUUAUUAA